ACCCCAAACUUCAGACUCAGAUAUUUUUUAUUUCCUCUUAUUUUUUGAGAUCUUACAUUCUUCAGAGACCAGAAAUGGAGGAAAUUUACCGGAGGGAUUCGCCGUUUUUGUCGGAAAAUCUGUCGGAGAGUUGCACCGCUGAGUUGACUCGGUCGAAUUCCGGCGAGUCUUCUUCUCCGACUGUUGAGAAUUCCAACGAUCAUUUGCUUCAGAGUAGAAAUGCAACCACGGAUGAUUGCAUGGGAUGGACCAAUGAGAAGCAUAAUACAUUUCUUGAUUGUCUUGAAGCAUCAUUUGUUGAGCAAUUGCGCAGAUCAAUAGUCUUGCGUGCUGGUCGUGUGGAGCUGAACAGGAGUUGCAGAAAUUUGUCUCAAAAGCUGUCUGCUCCCAGUGAUAUAGCUUCUAAGCAGUUUACUGCUCGGCGAGAUGGGUGUUCGAAGAUCAAUAUUGAGAGUGACCAAUCCGAGCUGUUCGUCAGGAAGGGUGAUGAGUAUCAUCACGUUACAGACCUCCAAUUAUGUGCUAGACUCCGUACUGAGGAAAAUCAAAGAAGAGAUAAGAGGACCUUAUCUCAUGUAUUUGAAGAAAGAUCAGACCUGCUCUUUCCCUUCGCUGCAGAACUUCAGAAACCAGUUAGCAGAAUUGCUGAAGGUUCAGGUCAGAAUUUUGUGGAUGAAGAUUUCGAAGAAAACUCAAGGAGCAAAAAACUGAAGACAGCUAUGAUGGAUACUGCAGAUGAUGAGCAAAUUGUUCCAAAGGAACAGCCAACUCCGUGUUCCAGCGAAAGAAAGAAGUAAAUCUUGAAUGUUAGUAAAAGAACCACGACUUCAUCUGUCCCCAAGGUGAUGUGAAGUCCCCUUUUUGCAUGACAGCUGGCAGCUAAGGUGCAGAGUAAUAUCCGAGAACACUGCUUUACAAGCACAAGCUCUUGCCAUCAAGCUGGUCCGUGUUUGAAGAAUGACAUUUGACAAGUUUGGAGGUACUAACUACUAAAGAUGAGUUUUGUUUUGCUGUAGAAAAAGGGGCCAUUUUUUUAGCUAGUAGUUACUAGUAAAAGAAUUAUCUGGCUCAUCUCGAUAGAGUUUCUUCAUUCCAUUAAAUUUGUAAAUGAGAUAUGUUUAGAGAAGUGGUUAGAGGGUGAAAUGAAGUUUGAGAUCACUGUUGUUGUGUUUUACGUUAUACAAAGUUCUUUUAUUUUCG